AUGGCUGUUGCUAUGGUGUUGAUGCUUCGUGCCGCCUGCACGUUAGCUCUUGCGCUAGCUGAUUCUCGGGUGAUGAUUGGUUCCAUGUACACCGCGAAGCAAGGUCUGAAUGACCUGGCCAAGACGGCCUGGAAUGAAAGGGGAGGCAAAUACAUGGGUACAGCUACAGACGUCAAGCAGUUGAGCGACCCAUACUACGUCGUCGGGGUGAACAACACGCAUGAUUUUGGGAUGAUAACCCCGACGAAAGCAAUGGAGUGGAAUGCCACGGAAUUUAAGCCUGGCGUUUUUACGUAUGCAGAUGCCGACAAAAUUGUAGCUUUUGCAAAUGAGACAGGGUCUCAAGUCCGAUGCCACGCUCUAGUUUCGCAAGAACACAUUCCAGAAUGGGUGCAAGGGCUCGAGAAGGCGGAGCUUAUGGCAGCACUGUCUAGCCAUAUUACCCACGUUAUGACGCACUUUGGGAAUUCAUGCUAUGCCUGGGAUGUCGUCGAUGAGGCCAUCAAUGCAGACGGGUCGUACCGCCAAUCGUUUUGGUACAAGAAAACUGGCAAGGACUACAUUUCGGUCGCGUUCGAGACCGCUAAUGCUGUGAAACUAAAGCUAGGCCUCAAGACUCGACUGUACUACAACGAUCACGGCAUCAAUGUUGUCAACAACAAGUCAGACGCAGUGCUGGAGAUGGUAACAAUUUUAAGGUCCAAGCGUAUUUGGGUUGACGGCGUGGGGUUUCAGUCGCAUUACAGCAACAACGACUCGGUGGUGGGUGCCGACAUUUUCAACAAUUUUCGACGUUUUACAACCCAGCGCAUGGAUGUCGCAAUCACCGAACUUGACGUCAUGACUAGCACAGCUGCUCCAACGGUGAGAGAGCAGCAGCAGCAGGUAGGAAUAUACACCAACGUCGUAUCGGCUUGCAAAAAAACGAUGCGAUGCGUCGGCGUCACGAUCUGGGACUUUGUCGAUACUUACUCGUGGCACACGUCGUCAGCCCCGCUACUGUUCUACCAGCCUAGUGGACCCAAUACGCCUCUAGAGCGGAAGGCAACGUAUGACGCCAUUACGGCGGGAUGGAUGUUGUAA